CUCACUGCAGCACGAGAUAGCAGGGAUGCUUAGCAGGCAGCAUCCCCACGCUGGACUAACAACGCUGGAAUAACCCUCCCCUUCUUACACACACACACAUAUCGCCUGACACAAAUCUCAGACUGCGAUCAACCCCCCCUUAGCUGUACGCAUCUGUGUCUUUCUUCGCUAUUUUCUCUCACUCUCGCUCUCACUCACUCUCUCUCUCUCCUGCUUGCUCUCCCUCCUGCUCGCUCUCCCUCUGCUCCUUGCUCACUUCGUGUCUCUUUCACGCUCCAUCUGCAGCUUCAGCUCACAGCUCCUCACAGGAACACAGACUGAGAGAGAUGUCCUCCAACCUGCCCUCUGGGACUGGGGCCAAAGCCAAGCCCCAAUCCCCUUUCAGGAAGAGGGGAAGCCUGCAGUACACAGCCAGCCCAGUAGACCCUCGUAGCGUGCGGCAUCUCCUGACAUCCCAGCAUUCCUUACCAGGAAUACCCGUGGCGCUCAAACAUCCCAUUGACCUGCGCACCUCCAUGGACGGGAAGUACAAGGAGAUAGCUGAGGAGCUGUUCUCCCACAGCCUGGCAGAGAGUGACAUGCGCAGCGCCCCCUAUGAGUUCCCCGAGGACAGCCCCAUCGAGCAGCUGGAGGAGAGACGCCAGCGCCUGGAGAGACAGAUCAGCCAGGAUGUCAAGUUUGAGCCUGAUAUCCUACUCAGAGCCAAACAGGAGUUCAUGAAGACGGACAGCGCUGCAGAUUUAGAAUUCUUGAAGGAACAGAACCAAUCUCCCACGGAUCACUACCCCAGCGAGAGAGAGCUUGUUCCAGAACGAGAAUACCAGCGAGUCACCAUCUCAGGGGAGGAACAAUGUGGGGUGCCUUUUACAGACUUGCUGGAUGCAGCCAAGUGUGUGGUGAAGGCUCUCUUCAUAAGGGAGAAGUACAUUGGCCUGUCCAUGCAGAGCUUCUGUAAGACCACCGCCCGCUACCUCCAGGAGAUGAGCGAGAGACCCCUGGACAUGGGCAUCUACGAUGAGAUCCAUGAGACCUCUGUCACUGCUGACGCCACAGUGCACCCACCUGUCUCAGAAACACAUCCCUAUGAGAACCAAGACCCGGCCAGCAUGCCGCAUGACAUGGGUUACGGCUGCAAGAUGGUGAAUGGUGUGGUGCAUCUGUACACCAAGAAGAACACCAUGGACAAAAGCACAGAGUUGGAUCUGCCCUAUCCGGACCUCCAAGAGUACAUUGCUGACAUGAAUGUCAUGAUGGCCCUCAUUAUCAACGGACCAGUAAAGUCCUUUUGCUACCGCCGGCUACAGUACCUGAGCUCCAAGUUCCAGAUGCACAUCCUGCUUAACGAGAUGAAGGAGCUGGCAGCCCAGAAGAAAGUCCCCCACCGAGACUUCUACAACAUCCGCAAGGUGGACACACACAUCCAUGCCUCGUCCUGCAUGAAUCAGAAACACCUGCUGCGCUUCAUCAAGAGAGCCAUGAAGAAGUAUCCCGGGGAGAUCGUCCAUGUGGAGAGAGGCAUCGGCCAGACACUGAUGGAGGUGUUUGAGUGCAUGAACCUCACAGCUUUCGAUCUGAGCGUGGACACACUGGACAUGCAUGCGGAUCGCAACACUUUUCAUCGUUUUGACAAGUUCAACGCUAAAUACAACCCCAUCGGCGAGUCGAUCCUGAGAGAGAUAUUCAUCAAGACUGACAACCACGUUGAGGGGAAAUACUUUGGACACAUUAUCAAGGAGGUGAUGGCUGACCUGGAGGAGAGUAAGUACCAGAACGUAGAGCUACGUCUGUCCAUCUACGGUCGCUCCAGGGACGAGUGGGAUAAACUGGCUGAGUGGGCUGUCAAGCACGGAGUGUACUCUGACAAUGUACGCUGGCUUGUGCAGGUGCCCAGACUCUUUGAUGUCUACCAUGCCAAGAAGCAGCUGUCCAACUUCCAGGAGAUGCUGGAGAACAUAUUUAUGCCUUUGUUCGAGGUCACAAUCAACCCCGGAAGCCACCCAGAGCUCCACCUCUUCCUUCAACACGUGGUGGGCUUUGACAGUGUUGAUGACGAGUCCAAACCUGAACAUCAUAUUUUCAACCUGGACAGCCCUCUUCCAGGCAACUGGACCAACGAGUACAACCCUCCAUACGCGUAUUACCUCUACUACAUGUAUGCGAACAUGACUGUGCUAAACCACCUCCGCAGGCAGCGAGGCUUCAACACGCUCGUGCUGCGUCCACAUUGCGGGGAGGCGGGGCCUAUCCACCACCUGGUCUCUGGCUUCAUGCUGUCUGAGAACAUCUCCCAUGGGCUGCUGCUCAGGAAGGCCCCAGUGCUCCAGUACCUGUACUACCUGGCUCAGAUCGGCAUCGCCAUGUCUCCCCUCAGCAACAACAGCCUGUUUCUCAGCUACCACCGUAACCCCCUGCCUGAGUACCUGUCCAGGGGUCUCGUGGUGUCCCUGUCCACGGACGACCCCCUGCAGUUCCACUUCACCAAGGAGCCACUGAUGGAGGAGUACAGCAUAGCUGCCCAGGUGUGGAAGCUGAGCUCCUGUGACAUGUGCGAGCUGGCCAGAAACAGUGUCCUGAUGAGCGGUUUCUCUCAUAAGGUAAAGAGCUAUUGGCUGGGCCCUCACUACCUCAAGGAAGGACAGGAAGGUAACGACAUCAGGCGCAGCAACGUCCCUGACAUCCGUUUGGCGUACCGCCAUGAGACCAUGUGUGAGGAACUCAACCUGAUCACCCAGGCCAUACGCACCGAUGAGCUGGAGACCAUUGAGGAGGAGAGCAGCCUGUGCAUGGGGCCAGCUCAGGGGGAGAAGUGAGGACUUCCUACCUGCUGAAAUCUCUCAACACAACUCAUAUCACACCCAGAGUUUGGACUGGUUAGGGAAUGUUUUACAUUUGAAAGGAAACAUUUGGCAGGCAGUUAUGAUGGUUUGUGGGUUAUGAAGUCGUGUCUGUUGUAUUUUCUCAAAUGUACCUGCUGUUGAAGUUUUCCCUACCAAGUGUUUGUAAAAUAUUUCAGAUGAUUGAUGGAAUUCUUACUUUUAAGUGUUUCCUGUGGUUUUGUCUAUUUAUCCAUAUUUAUUUGAGUGAACACAUUCUUUAUAUAGCAUUUUUUUGUCAACCAAUGUUGUGGACAAAAUACAUCAUCCAUUCCUAUGUGAAGGUCUGGAACAUACUGUACCAUAUUAAAUCAUAGUUAUUUCACUAAGAGAUCUAUUACGGCAGUAUUUUUCCAGAUACCACAACUGCUUCUCUGGCUUCAAGAAAUACCUGUGUGAGCAAGGCAACAUAUUCUGCUGUCAUUUGUGUUCCUCUUUCUGCUAGUCUUUAUGGUGUUCUCCCUCGGUGGCAUAAAGGCAUUUAUUGUAUGUUUCUUUACAGUGUUCCUGCUGCUAUUGUGGCAUGGCCUAAUUUAUAGCGGUGUAUAGUCAACUGUUAUAACCACCAUCUUUGCAUGUAGUUUGCAUUCUCUAUGAAGUCUGUCUACUCCCCUUCUGAGGAGUGAUCAAUGUUCAGUACAGUGGGAAGAAUUCAAGCACAUUUUAUUGUGCUGGUGAUGCAUAUGUUUUCCUAAACUGUGAUCGCAUAUUUCAGCUGAUAUAUUUUAUGUUCCAUGAUCCACUUGUUUAUUUGUUUCCUGAGACAAACAGAUCGUGCUAAAACCCUGUAUCAUAGGUCGUGACCUGGAUAUUAACUUGACACUUCAGCUAUUAUUGCUUAUGGUCCACAAACCUCAAAUACAUUUGUUAACUCUU